GUUCAAAACGACGGCGUUUGCUAUAUUUAAGGACUUUAUAUAGCGCGCAGUGCCUCCGCUGAAACCCUAAAUCGUAGAAGCGGAGCCUCCCAUCUCUUUUUGAGUUUCUUCUGUGCCGGCGAGAGCAGCGUCUACGAUCAGCCAUGGGUAAGGUUCACGGUUCGUUGGCUCGUGCCGGAAAGGUGAGGGGUCAGACCCCAAAGGUGGCCAAGCAGGACAAGAAGAAGAAGCCCAGAGGCCGCGCCCACAAGAGGAUGCAGUACAACAGGAGAUUCGUCACUGCCGUUGUUGGAUUCGGGAAGAAGAGGGGACCUAACUCGUCUGAGAAGUAGGGUUGCAAUGUGAGCGCUUCUGCUGGUUUCUCAUGAGGCAAUAGUGUCUUUUUUUUUUCAAUUUUUCUUUUGUAGCCAAAAGGAUGGUUUAAGUUUGUACUUGUUUUGCUGAAUUAUCUUAGAAGCGAUGUUCUUAAUGUCCGAAAUUGUGAGAUUCUUAUGAAUAUGUGCUACUUUUGACCA